AUGCAUCUGCAAGUGUUCUCACGAUACUGCCUUUUUAUCUUCACCUUUCCCACAUUUUUCUCUUUUGGUUACGGCCUCUUGCCAGUGCGCUGCGAUGAAUCUACACUACCCCCAGAAAACCUAGGGCUAACCAGCACCAAAUUUACCCGAAAUCUUGACAAUUAUCUUGAGAUUCUUUCCACUACUGCUGUCUUCCGAAACUUCAAAAACUCGAUUUCUGAGGAUAUGAAAUUCCUUCAUGUUUUCCUUUCAUAUAUUUACCAUCCGAAUAGCCUUGGUCCUAGGAGUACUCUCCCGGUGGCUGCCCUUGCAAAUUUGUACAGGUUGAUCGUAGGGCUCAAGCUUCACUGCUUCGAAUCUGCGUUUCAUCUCGCCAAAACUCUCAUCCAAGUCGACGAGGCGGAAGCCUAUGUUCCUGUCCCAUUGCCUGAUUCGGAUUCAACGGCCGAUACCAAUCCUUUAUGGAUGGAAGACGAAGAACCCAACAGUGCGCGCCGAUUCCAGUAUAUCAAUGAUAAUAUCGCAACGAACAUCAUCGGACGCCUAGGGACAUUAAUUUACCAAUAUGACCAAAUAUUACUCUUCGCGGUAGAUGGGUGGACGCCGGAGCAAAUCUUCAGUAUCCGAAAGUUCAGAGCCGCAUACGAAGCCUUCAGAAACGACACAGUAACUAUCACAAAUAAAUCAAAGUACGCCGGUCUGAAUCUGAAUAUGCGACAGCGAGAGUUGUCCAGGGAGGAGCUGAAAGCCAUGGUGGACGAUCCGGCUGCUGUGUAUUAG